AUGCCUGAUCUACGCCGCCAGAUCUUUGAAAGCGGCAAGACCGUCUCACGCAAGGCAGCAUCUCGCGAAGCAUCUCGUACCACUUCUCGUACCGGUUCCAAGCAGUCCUCGCGCCAGGGCUCUCGCAAUGCCAGCAGAGCUGCUUCCGACGAAGAAGACUCGGGGUUCCUCUCUGAUGAGACAUCUAUGAGCAUCGGCUCCCUCGACGACGAAAACCCCGAAGCCGAGAAUCCCGAUUGGGAACAAGAACUCGGCGAACGCAUUCAAGAAAUCCUUGACCGCAAGCGCAGCAGUGUGCAGGGUCGUGAAGAGGCCCUGCAAGCUUUCUGCCGCCUGACCAAGUACCACUACGCCGUGGAAGAGCUCAACGGCACCGUCGAUGAGCUGCUGGCUGCAUUUGCGAGAAGUGUGCGCACUGAAGUCAGUACUCGUGAAGCUACCCUCGGACUCCGGGCUAUUGAAUUACUCGCGCUCUCAGCUUUCGACAACACUAUUUAUGAAAAUGCCGAGCCCUUGCUCACCCGGACUAUUCGUGACUCGACCUCCACCGUCCUCAAGGCGGCUGCUAUCCAAUGCCUCGGAGCAUGCGCCAUCUUCGGAGGCGCUGGCACUGAUGGUUUCCUAGAGCAGAUGGCUUUCUUGCUGGACAUCAUCGCUUCUGACGGGCAGUCCGUUGAGGCCAAAGAUGACGCUACCGUGGUGACAGCCGCAAUUCAGCAGUGGGGAUUCCUUGCAACCGAAGUUGACGACCUCGAAGAAGAAAGCGAGGAAGCAGUUCAAAUCUUUAUGGACCAGCUCGACAGCACCGACGCCAACGUGCAAAUCUCCGCGGGUGAGAACAUCGCUCUCCUCUACGAGAAGAGCUACACACCCGAAGAAGACGACGAAGACGAAGAGAGUGGCGAGGAGGAUGAAGAUGAUGAGCACGACAACCACCAGACCACCGGCCCGAAGCUUGUGAAACGCUACAACGCCUACCACAACACCCCGGACCUGGAAAGCCAACUUCAGAACCUCGCGCACAUCCACACCAAGCAAAUCAGCAAGCGUGACAAGAAGUCACUACAUAGCAACUUCGCCUCCAUCCUCACAACCGUUGAGAACCCGCGCCGUGGCCCGCGCUACAACACCGCCAUCGACCAGAACACCAACCGUCAUUACGGUAGCACCCUGACUGUCAAGAUUGGGCGCCACGGGGUGAUGUCGAUUGACCGCUGGUGGAAGUGGACUCGUCUCACUGCUCUGCGCCGUGUGCUGCAGGGUGGCUUUGCCGAGCACUACUUCCAGGGCAAUCGUUCCGUCCUCAACAGUCUUCCUGUCAUGAUGCGUAUGGCUGACCAGAGCUCUAGCUUUGGUCCCGAUCGCCAGAGUGCCCGCAAGGCUGCGAAGAUGCGCAACUCUCGCCGUUGGACUUCUCAUCAAUCGGACGAUGAUGAGGAGUAG